GCGCCGAUUAUCUCCGACUUAAUGCUCCGCCGUUUCUUCGAAGUUUCACUUACUUAAAGCUUUUUUCUCUUCCUCCGUCGUCUUCGGAACGAUCCUUUUCCUUGAAAGGAGGAUUUUUUUGGCCGGAGAAAGCCAAUUCUGAGCUCGCCAAUGGCUAACAGAGCAUUGAACCGGCUUCUACGGAAUUUUUUUGUAGAAGGUUCACCGUUCAAGAAGAGACGUGGAUUGUAUGAAGGAGUUGUUUACAAUGUAAUCAGAAGAUUUCAAUCGCAUUUAUCAGAGACCGGUAAGGUAGGAAAGGAGUUAGAAGAGCAGGAGGCAGAGAAGAGAAAGUCUAGUAGUGUCACUUCUUCGAGGUCCGGAUUAGAGAAUAGAAGACAAUUUGAAUCAGGAAUCGACUGUGAUAGCUCUAGCGAUGAAGAUACAGGUGAUGGAAAGUGGAAACUGGACUUAGCGUGGCUCACUAAAGCACUUGAGCCAGCUAUGCAAUUGCGUAGAUGGGCUCUUCCAACAGGAGAGAAGUCAAUGCCUGGUAGUCGAUCUCUGUCUGAGAUCAUUGCUAGUAUUCAAAGGAGUAAGCUCGGUAUUGAAGGUUGGACUUUUGGUGAUCUUACAAUUGGUCUCUAUCUUAUAUACCUUAGACAAGCAUCCUUGUGUCCGUUUGAGGACGUCAAGGGCGUAGAAGUUGUUUCAGAAUCUACAGUUUAUGAUCUGAUAUACAAUGCCGAGUUAGCGAAAGGUUGUUACAGGGAUAGUGUGAGUGGUCUUGCAAAGAACACGAUGCUUCGAGAGAAUAACAUUCUUAAAUUUGUGAAAGAUUCAAGUGUUAUGAGGCCUGGAUACUACAUAGGCGUUGAUCAUCGAAGGAAACUUGUUGUCUUUGGAAUACGCGGGACACAUACAAUUUACGAUCUUAUCACUGACAUUGUCUCUUCGAGCGAUGAAGAAGUCACUUUUGAAGGCUACUCAACACACUUUGGAACCGCUGAAGCUGCACGAUGGUUCCUUAAUCACGAAUUGCAAACUAUAAGAAGAUGCUUAGCGAAAUACGAGGGAUACAAGCUAAGGCUUGUUGGUCAUUCUCUCGGCGGUGCUAUAGCCUCGUUAAUGGCGAUAAUGCUCAGGAAAAUGCCAAGGGAGGAAUUGGGAUUCGAUGCUGAAAGUAUUUCAGCCGUGGGGUAUGCGACACCUCCUUGUGUUUCCAAAGAGCUUGCAGAGAAUUGCUCUGAUUUUGUAACAACUAUUGUAAUGCAGGACGACAUUAUACCUAGACUCAGUGCAGCUUCUCUAGCGAGAUUAAGGAAUGAAAUCCUUCAGACUGAUUGGACAAGUGUAAUUGAGAAGGAAGAAUGGAAGAACGUAAUGGAUUUGGUAACAAACGCGAAACAAGUUGUCACCUCUGUGCAAGACGUAGCUCGAAAAGUUUCUGAUUAUGCAAACUUCGGAAACAAAAAAGAAGUUCCUGAAAUCUCGCCAUCCAAGAACAACCAGUCUGAGACUUUAAUCGCUGAAUCUACCACUAAAGAUGUUGUUAAAUUGCCAGAAGAGUUAUAUGUACCGGGCGCAGUUUACUAUCUGAUGAGGAACCUAAGAGGAAACCCGAAAAGUGCAGCAGGAAAACAAGUAGAAUACUAUAGUCUAUGGAAGAGAGAUCCAGGACAACAUUUUCAGAGGAUACUUCUCUCAGGUAAUUUCAUUACAGACCAUAAAUGUGAUAGCCAUUACUACGCUCUGCGAGAUGUGCUCAAAGGAUUUCCCAGUUUCAUCGACGAAAGCAUCUUUAAGAAGAGAUGCAAGUGAAACAGAAUCUUAUGUUAUCUCUGGAUAGGAAGUAAUGUUCUAGUUUGUCUGCAAACACAACAUUUUAAGAAUAAAGGAUCAUUUUAUCA